UAUCAACUUCUUUAUAACAAAUCUCAUUCCAAUCACAAGAUAUCUCAUUCUAUAUAUAUAUAUAUAUCAUUCUCUUCUAAUUCAUAAACUCUCAAUCACACAAACAAACACAAUGGCAAGCUCUACCAAAAUGCCAAACAACAUCAUUCUUCUCCUCCUUCUUUUCUUAUGUUUAUCAUCAUCAUUCACAACCUCAUUUUCAGCCCAUGUUUGUGAUCCUGAUCGGUAUAAAAAGCUAAGCUUGGACAUGAAGAACUUCCCUUUCUGUGACAUUUCUCAGCCUUAUGCAGUAAGAGUUAAGUCUCUAGUCAAUUCCAUGACGACGCCGGAGAAGGUGGCACAACUCGGCAACAAUGCAGACGGCGUUCCACGUCUCGGCUUACCGAAAUACAACUGGUGGUCAGAGGCUCUUCAUGGCGUCUCCAACGUCGGCGGUGGCUCUUAUUUUGAUUCACAAGUCCCCGGCGCCACUAGCUUUCCGACCCCUAUCACCACCACCUCCUCCUUUAAUGAACUCUUAUGGAAAAACAUCGGCCAGGCGAUAUCGACGGAAGCAAGAGCAAUGUACAACAUGAAUCAUGCAGGGUUGACAUUUUGGAGUCCAAAUAUUAAUGUGGUAAGGGAUCCAAGAUGGGGAAGGAUACUUGAAACACCAGGUGAAGAUCCCUACACAGUUGGUCGUUAUGCAGUGAAUUUUGUAAGAGGGAUGCAAGAUUUGAUAGGGAAUGAAACAAGUAAAGACCCAAACACAAGAAGUCUUAAAGUCUCUACAUGUUGCAAGCAUUAUGCUGCUUAUGAUUUGGAUUCUUGGUCAACUUCUGGUAGCCUUGCCACUGACCGUUUACAUUUCAAUUCUGAUGUGACGGAGCAAGACAUGGUGGAGACUUUUCAAAGGCCUUUUGAAGUGUGUGUGAAAGAGGGGGAUGUUAGUAGUGUCAUGUGUUCUUAUAACAGUGUUAAUGGAAUCCCUGCUUGUGCUGAUCCAAGGCUCAUGAAAGGAACCUUUAGAGAUGAAUGGAAUCUUCAUGGAUACAUAGUUUCAGAUUGUGAUUCCAUUGAGACAAUGGUAGAUGAUCUUCAGUGGAUGAAUGAUGAACCAGAAAAUGCUGUUGCUCAAGUCAUGAGAGCAGGACUGGACUUGGAUUGCAUGACAUUCUAUCAGAAAUAUCUUGGAAACACACUAGCCAAAGGGCUGAUCAAAGAGAAGGACAUGGACAGAGCAUUGAUGAACAAUUACAUGGUUUUAAUGAGGCUUGGAUACUUUGAUAACUUUCCAGAGUUUGCGAACCUCGGCAAAGCAGAUAUAUGUUCACAGGCUAACAUCAAUCUCGCAUUAGACGCGGCAAAGCAAGGGAUUGUUUUGUUGAAGAACAAUAAAACUCAGAAAUCCUUUUUGCCUUUAGAUCCUGUACAAUUCAAGGGCAAGACUAUCGCCGUCGUCGGUCCUCAUGCUAAUGCCACUAAAGUCAUGAUCGGAAACUAUGCAGGCGUACCAUGCCGAUACGUAUCACCAAAAGACGGAAUAGCAAAAUACGCGAAUGUGCAAUACCAAAUGGGGUGUGCAGAUGUGAUGUGCAGGAAUGGGAGCUUAAUUUGGCCAGCAGUAAGAGCUGCAAGAACUGCAGAUGCCACUGUAAUUGUUGUCGGACUCGAUGAGACAAUAGAGAGAGAAGGCUUGGACAGAGAAAAUAUGGAACUCCCUGGAUAUCAGCUUCAAUUCAUCACUCAAGUUGCACAUGUUGCCAGUGGCCCGGUGGUUGUCGUCAUCUUAUCCGCCGGACCAGUUAACAUCCUUUCACUGCAACAAAAUCCAGACAUUGAUUCAAUCCUCUGGGCUGGUUAUCCUGGUCAAGAAGGUGGCCAAGCCAUUGCUGAUGUUAUCUUUGGACAAUACAAUCCUGCUGGAAGAUUGCCAGUGACAUGGUAUCCACCAGAGUAUGUAUGGCAGCUGCCAAUGACUUCAAUGCAAUUCAGGCCAAUUCAGAGUUUAGGAUAUCCAGGAAGGACUUAUAAGUUUUACAGUGGUCCUAGUAUCUAUCCAUUUGGAUAUGGAUUGAGCUACACUCAGUUUCAGUAUACUGUAGUGAAUUCAACCAGCUCAAUUGAUAAGCAACUGGGGACAAUCCAGCAUUGCUACACACUAGAGUACACUAAAUCAGGGGCAGCAGCACCACCUUGCAAUGCAGCCAUUGUUGAUGAUCUUCAAUGUGUGGAUGGAGACCUGAACAUCGUCGUCAAUGUGAAGAAUACAGGCCAAAUAGAUGGAGAUAAUGUGGUAAUGGUUUACUCACAGGCUCCGGCGGGGAUUGCUGGAGUUCCGAUCAAGAAGGUCGUUGGGUUUCAGAAGGUGUUUGUUAAAGCUGGUGCGACGCAGACUGUGACAUUCUCAAUGAACUCAUGUGAGAGUUUGAGCAUCGUGACGGAGUCAGCAUAUGUUGCACUGCCGGCGGGGCAGCACACAAUCAUCGUCGGCACUGAUGGGUCUGCAGACACUGUUAUCAGGACACCCUUGAAAGUUAAUAUCAAUAAGCAGGGUUCAUAGUUUUGGUGUUUUAUAGUUUAGAUUCUAUCAUUCAAACUAGUUGUGCAAUAAGAUAGACGCUUAGAUUUGUUUAGAUGAUGUCCUUCAAAGUUUUGAUUCAGUCUGAAUU